ACUUCUGGAGAGCGUAUCUUCUCUACAGCUUUUCAUUUCGGACGCUACGAUACUGGUUUUUGAGGUCGUAUUACCCCUCCUCCGUCUUCUUUCUGCAUUUCAUCCUGUUGGUAUUGAAAUACUGAAGCAGCAAGCUGUUCAGGUCAUUUAGGCUCAGAACUCCGUAGAGAAAGGGUCUUCUUCUAAGUUAUAGCCAGAGAAUCAUCGAGUUAGAACUCCAAAUUAUUUCUUUUCGGUUUAGUUUUCUUUAAAGUCAUAGGUAAGAAAUCAAGCAUUGUAAGUUUGAAAUACUGCAGCAUAGUUUUUGAGCCAUGAUUUCGAAGCUUCUAAUAGCCUUUUUUGUAGUUGGCUGUAUUUUUGGAAUGAGUAUCGCGGAUGACUUAACGGUACAAACAUCGACUGGCAUCUUGCAUGGUAAACGAUCUGAAGCUCUAAGCAAAUCAUUAAAACUUUUUCUUGGAAUCCCAUACGCUGAACCUCCUAUAGGUAAUUUAAGAUUUAAGAGACCAAUUGAAAUUUUUUCUGAAGGUAUUGAACGUGAUGCUACUCGAUUUGGUCCUUCUUGUUAUCAAUCACCGCACUUAGAAUCUGUUAUUAGCCCAUUGCUGAAGCCUAACAGAGCAGAAAUUAGUGAGAAUUGCCUAUACCUUAAUGUGUAUGUUCCUGAUGUGAGUCAAUCUGAGCUCCCAUUGCCAGUUAUGGUUUGGUUGACGGGAGAAGGUUUUAAUUUUGCUGACCCACAACAAUUUGAUGCAAGUUACUUGGCAGCAGUAGGAAAAGUAAUUGUUGUUACUGUGAACUACAGGGUAGGAGCUUUUGGUUUUCUGCAUGGAUUAUCGGCUGAAGCCCCGGGUAAUGCUGGACUUUUCGAUCAAAGGAUGGCCCUGAAGUGGGUAAAGAAAAAUAUUGCUCAUUUUGGUGGUAACCCAGAAAGUGUAACUUUAUUUGGUCGAUUUACUGGUGCUAUGAGCGCUGCGAUACAUGCAUUUUCCCCCCUUAGUAAAGUAGAGAAAUUAUUUAAUAGAGUUAUACUGCAGAGCGGAGUUCCCGUUGGUGAAUGGAUUUUCGAACGUAACCCUUUGAAUGCAACUUUUGCUUUGGCAAAAGGUACAAACUGCUUUUCUGAAAAUGUUACACAUGUCAUACAUUGCUUGCAAAAGGUACCAGCAGAUAUUCUUCUCAGUUCUGCUAAUUUAGUUUCCCACCCGUGGAGACCAAGCUACGAUUUCGAACUGAUUUUUCAAAACACUCUGAAAGCAGUACGUAAAGGAGAUUAUGAAGCUAUCGACGUUCUCCUUGGAAUCACAAACGACGAGGGAACUCUUUGUACCAUUGCUCUCGAUGCAAUGAAAUCACCUUUAUAUAAUAAACUUGUAGAUGCAACUCUCACUUCAAAAGAUUUCAAAGAUAUAUUAGUGAGCAAUAUGCUAGAUGUAUACAAAGUAAAUGACGCUUUAAUGAAUAAGCUUACCAUCUACAACUACAAGACUCCUGAACUUUCCAGACUGAGAGAACAGUUUGUAGAUUUCUGCGGCGAUAUGCAUGUUACAGCUCAUGUGAUGAAACUGGCUGAUCUACUUGCCGAAAAGAAUCAGAAGGCUUUUGUAUACGAAUUCACUCACAGGCCCUCUUUCUCUAUCCACCCUCAGUUUAUUCGUGCCGGGCAUGGAGAUGACGUCUUAUUUACCAUGGGCCUUCCUCUCCAGCUGGAAAAUCUGUCGGAGGGAGAACUGAGACUCACGCAUCACAUGAUGAAAAUGAUUGUCAACUUCGCUCGCAAUGGAAAUCCGAAUUUCAAAGAUAUGGAAGGUUUUUGGCCACAGUACACUUCUCAAGGUCACCAAAUUAUGAAAAUCAGCGAAGAAAGCAGUGUAGAGAGAAGCUCCCAUGACAAGUCGGUUGAAUUCUGGCACGAAAUAAUCCCAGCUGCUGAGAAACAAGAAUGCCCCCCACCCGCCGUGGCUGCUCUCCUCACAGCUGCUAGUCCUGAAGUAAAUGAUCCACGUGAGGUCAAUUUCUUGGGUUCUCGUCUUAGCGUCCCUUCAGCUGAGUAUGCAAUGAUAGGGCUCAGCAUUACUGCUUUGACUUUAUUAGUAGUCGUAAUAGUAAUUAUGUCAACAAUGCUGAGACUUAAAAAAAGGUCUGAAUUCCAGCGACUCUAAACAUCCACCAUUUGAGGAUCUGUGCAUGCAUGUUAUAUCUUUUAAAGUUUCCUGUCAUUGUUUUUAAAGUUUCCUAGAAAAUAUUUUAAAUUCAUAUUUUUGAAAUUUAAAUCUAUAAAUUUUGGAAAUGUUAGUUAAAGAAUAAAAAAAUAAAAUUAACUCAGAAUUUCUUGAAAAAUUAUUAAAAAAUUACCGGUUAAAAACUGCUGGUAAAUUGCAAAAAUUAACAUUCAAUUUAAGUACUUUGUGACUGAAAGAUUUUACAGGUAAUUUAGUAACUUGUACCAUUACAGAAAAAUUUAAUGUGCUAAUAAUGCAUUCACGCAAUUUUGUUAGUUGUGAAAUAUUUUAAAGUUGAAGGGUCAUAUUAUAUGUAAGGCCCUCUUAUAUUCAAGAAAAUUCGAUAGUAUGUAUCAUUUCUACUGAGCAAGGUAUUCAAUUAUUUUAAAAUUAUAAUACACCGUAAGGAUUCUACCAUUAAUUAAUCAUUUCAUUCAUUUAUUAAUUGAUUUUUUGUAUGCUAAUCUGUAUGUAUUUUAUUUAGCUUUCUUACUGAUAGAUUUCUAAAGUUUUCAGUUUUGCAUUAUAUAAUAAUUUCUACUGAUAAAUCGAUUUUGGAAACUGUUAUUUGUUAAUGAAUGCAUUAUUUCCUCAAAAUGUAUUACAUUAUGCUUUAUUUUACAUUACAUGUUUAGCAGAAUGCAUAAAAAAUAUGUUACAUUUUCUAAAAUUUAUGAAGAAGAUAAAUAAUAUAAUUUUAUAUAGGAAGUGCAAAAACAUAUGUAAAUUACAUAAUUUGUACGAAUAUUUUAUAACUUUUUUCUAAAGCGUUCUAGAAUUUUCACACAUAGUAAAAAAUUUUCAAUGUGUUUUCAUUUCAAAUGUGAUAAUAAAUCUUUCAAUAUGUUGUUGAAAGUUAAAGCAGUUUUCAGAAGAGAAUUAUAUAAUGCAUCUGAGAUUAAUUAUGUAAUAUUUCAUACCAUCAAAUGUUUGAUAGCAUGUAAAUACAAACGCGCAGUAUGUGAACUCAAAUUACCCUCUCAGGAUAACUUUUUAUAUUUUUUUAUAUUUUUUUUAUUUAUUUAUUUAUUAUUAUUAUUAUUAUUUUUGUACUUCUCAGGUCUUCACACUGCCACAUGUGUAAACCAGAUUCGUAUAUUUUGAAGAAUCUUGGGUUUGCCUUGUAAACAGAUUUAAAAAAAAAAAAAUAUCGUAAAUUCUCAUACAUAUUUAUCUCCUAACUGGAGUUUCAUGUGAAUAUUUUUAAUACAUUUUGAAAAUGUCAUGUUAGUGUUUUUCAUGUUCGAAUUACUUGUUGUUUGACAUUUUAAACCAGAGUUCCCAAACCUGCGACUAAAAAGUGUUAUUUUUUUUAAUUAUUGCGAAUAAAAUUCAAGUUACUCUAGUGAUAAUAAUAAGAAUGUAUGCAUUAAAAACCAGAUGUACUGUCAAUCAGUCAUUGAAAUCAAGAUUGGGAAUUAAAAGUCAAAUUUGAUUUUGUCCUAUGUUGUCAUAAGUUAACUUAUUAUCUCCAGAUUUCAUUUUAAUGUUUAGAAAUGCAUAAAUAUGAUAGCAGAUUUUUCCAUUGUAAGACAUUCAUUAAACAGAAUUUUCUUGUGAUUAAUAAGUAAUUAUUUGCAUGCUUUCUAGUGUCAUCUUAUAUCGUUCCAUGGUUAAUCAUCUCUCAUAUUAUUACAAAUGUCAUAUAAAGAAAGUACAUUAUCAUCAUUGAUAGAUAUGCUGCACGUUUUUAAAUAUCAGUCAAUUUUUGUAUAAAUUCAGAAGUUCUCUUUGUUACUGCUUAAGUUUCAUCAUGUGCAUAAGUUGUAUGUGAAUUUGAAAUAAAGUGUGGAUGUUUGAUAAGUUUA